AUGGUCAAUCGGCCGGAUCGCCCAACUCCGCCAACGAGCCAGCAGGAUGAGUCUAUCUCUGCCAUGAUGGGUAUCAUCGCCCAGCCCGACGAGGGGACAUCGCAUGUAGUGAGCCCAGCCAUUGCGGACGACGACCGAGUGUUUCAAGAGUAUCUUUCCAAUACGUCAACGGCUCAGAAGAGACGUAUGGUCAAGUUCCAUUUGAACUUGGGUCAGCCAACGAGACAUGCAAGACAGAUACUCUUCAACAUUGUCCCUAAACGCGGCGAAAGGGAAACGGAGAGUCGAUCGAUUGCGGCUUCAAGUUUUGAAGUUAUCGAGAAGCUCAUUGAUCCAUACCAAGAUGACUUGAUUACCCUGUUCUUCGAGAAGAUCAACAUAUGCUUUCCAAUCUUCGACGAGGGCUUGUUCAGGAGGGUUUUCGCAGCACAGAAAGAAAAGAUAUCACCAGGCCUCCUUGCCUUUCUGUACGGCAAUACGCUGAUCUACUGGGACACAUCACCGCUAUUGAGCACGGUUCGAUGCCCAGAUCAUCGUACAAUAUGGACAUUAGCCGAAGACGCCCUCGUCGAGGAAUUGCACUCCACCCCGACAAUCUCGACAAUCAUAACGAUCAUCUUGAACGUUGGUGGCAGGCCUAGUACUCACCCGUUGUGGAACGGCGGCUUACUCGGCUUGGCCGUGGCAUUGGCCAAUUCUUUCGGCUUGAAUCGUGAUCCCUCAGACUGGAAUCUCUCGCCUUCGGAAAAGAAGUUUCGGAUGAGGAUAUGGUGGCUACUUAUCAUAUAUGACCGUUGGUGCAGCAUGGCAUAUGGAUCUCCCACCCUUAUCCAGGAUUCGCAACACGAUGUUCCUAUACUGACGAUAGAUAACAUUUCGAACCCGGGUAUGCCGAGGGAUCAGAUAUUUGCAGCCUCUUGUUUCAUUGCUCUCAUCACCUUGACUGAAGUCUUGGGCCGCUGCCUGGAGCAUGUCUACGACGUUGGCAAGGCCAGCUCAAAGCCGGCCAUGACUCCAAUUGCUCUGGAGAACAUGUUGGCCGGAUGGGAAGAUUCGCUAGAUGAUACCCUUCGGCGACUAGUCAUCCGGGGCACUCAGAUUGUAGGAGCGGGUGCUGCGAAUCUGCGGCUGUCUUACCUGUCCGUGAAGCUCCUCAUCCGCCGCAUCCAACUGGACUGGGAUAAGAUGUCCUUCCAGAUCGAAGACACCGACUCUGAGCAUUACAUACAGGCCAGGCGUAUCUGCGAAGAGAUCGUGGACUUUGUGCGCGAGCUGAACGAGACCCACUGCCGCGACUUCUGGAUUCCUCAACUCGCAUACACCCUCACGUCAGCAACAACAUUUCUCAUGAGAUGCGCCCUCAACUCUCGGGUAGCGCUCAACAACGCCCCUCUCAAGCUAGCGAGGCUCAUGGUCGAUGCCCUGCAGUUCCACCGUCGCAGCUAUGAGUGGGACAUCGCGGACAAUUGCCUCUCCAACUGCUGCGACCUUGUUGAGAAGAUUGAAGCUGGGUUCAAUGAGGCGAGCCCGAGCAACACACUGGACCUGGGCGAUCUCUUGCCGGUGGACAUGGACAUGGAUAUCGCGGCGCUGAACGGCUUGUUCCCAGAGUUUGCGACCAACUUCUAG